GAUGAAUAGAUGAGAUCAUGCCGAAAGUAAACACAUUGUAUAAUUACUUCAGUUCGCCCAACGCUUCAAGAAAACCGGAUAAGCAGCAAACAAUAUCUGAGGUUUCUACGCCGAAGAAGUCUAAAAUCCAAAAGAACAAAGGUAUAACCAAAACUCCGAGUAAGGGAAAAGAGAAUAAAAAUGUCCAAGAUCGAAAAAGAAUUUAUGUAGAAGAUGAUGACGAUGAGGAAGAAACAGAUGAAAAGAAAGAUAGCAAGCCAAGUCAGUCGAAGAAACCCAGAUUAGUAAUACCAGACGUUGAGUCUUGUGAUGACUCUGAGGAUGAUUACAAACCCGAUCCACAGGAUGAAUCUGAGCCUGAGUCUGAGCCUGAAUCAGAGCCUGCGACUGAGUCGGCAUCAGAAUCGGAAGAAUCGAGCGAGGAGGAAAAACCCGUGGUUGUGACAAAAAAGAGAAAGAAGAGAAACGCAGUGGAACUGCCAUCACGACAGAUAAAAGGACAUGUCGAGACUGAGAAAGCAUCAAAAUAUAAACCAGAAAAAUAUAAGGCAAGAAAAUCUAAGACAGUCAGUGAGCAAGAGACACAUCCUCCCGUAACAAAUAACUCAUCUCGAUCUUGGCCUCAUUUUAAAUACGAUUUCCUGCAACCUGGUAAAAUAAGAGACAUCAAGAGAAAACUACCGAGUGAUCCUGAUUACGAUCCCAGGACACUUCACGUGCCGUCAGAUUUCUUGAAUAAACAAACUCCAGCCAUACAGCAAUGGUGGGAAAUGAAGAGCCAACAUUUUGACACCGUCUUGUUCUUUAAAAUGGGCAAGUUCUACGAAUUCUACCACAUGGAUGCUGUGAUCGCAGUCAACGAGCUGAACCUCACGUUUAUGAAAGGCGAAGUCGCUCACUCAGGCUUCCCUGAGGUAGGAUACGGCCGCUACUCUGCGAGCCUCAUAGAAAAAGGAUACAAAGUGGCUAGGAUUGAGCAGACAGAAAAUCCCGAUAUGAUGAAGGAGCGUUGCAAAAAAAUGGGCAAAUCAACGAAAUCUGACAAAGUAGUUAAAAGAGAGAUUUGCCAGAUAAGUACCAAAGGCACGAAGGUGUACACUGCAAUGGACAUAGAACCAGCUUCAUCAAAUUCCAGUUAUCUACUGUCUCUGGUUGAGAAAUCGGAGUUGUGCAGAACUUAUUAUGGAGUGUGCUUCGUAGACACUACUAUAGGAGAUUUCUAUCUCGGUCAGUUCGAAGACGAUCGUUGCACUUCUAGACUGCUAACUUUACUCGCGCAUCAUCCACCUGUUCAUAUCGUUUAUCAACGCGGGAAUUUAUCGGAGAAAACGUUGCAACUGUUGAACAGCUCUCUGGCAACCUGUUUCAAAGAACCAUUACGCGAGUCUCAGUUUUGGUCGUCCACGACUGCGUUGAAAAAUCUUCAUGAAGGGGAUUACUUCAAGAAAUCAGAUAAUUUCGAAUGGCCCGAAGGUCUGCGGCCAUAUCUUCACCCAGGCGAUAGUUUAGGAUUAACUCCAGCAGAUGAUAAAGAACUAGCGGUUCACGCUCUGGGAGGCUGUCUGUUUUUACUUAAAGACUAUUUAUUGGAACAACAGUUAUUAGCGCAGGGACGCUUUAAAACUUAUGUUCCUCCUGACUUUUCAGUCAUGCCCGCGUCCUCGAAGUCUGGCAUCCUUGCAAAUAACAUGGUAUUGGAUGCAAUCACGAUUCGCAACUUGAGAAUCUUCGGUGACGGUUCUUUGUACAAACUGUUGGAUCGUUGUUGCAGCGCGUUCGGAAAGAGAUUAUUACGUGAAUUGGUAUGCAGGCCCUCGUGCCGCAAAGAAGUGAUAGUCGAACGUCAAGAAGCUAUAAAAGAAUUGACGGAAAAUAGUGAUGUAGUGCAAACUGCUCGUAACUUGUUAUCUGGAAUUCCUGAUCUUGAAAGAUUGCUCAGCAAAAUUCACUCCCAUGGAAGCGCAGCGAGAAUGAAAAAUCAUCCCGAUGGCAGGGCGAUCAUGUUCGAGGCUAAUACGUAUUCGAAGAGAAAAAUUAUGGAUCUUAUUAAAACUCUGAAUGGAUUCGAGACUAUCUUGGAAGUGAUCGAUUUGUUCCAAGGCUUUGAUAGCUCGUUAAUACGCCGAUCUACUAGACUGGAACCAGAUGGCGAAUUUCCUUCUUUACGAGAUACUUUAGACUAUUUCAAGACCGCGUUUGAUCACGAGGAAGCCAAGAAGCUAGGCUCUAUUCAGCCAAAAGAAGGAGUCGACGAUGAUUAUGAUUCUGCGAUGUCGGAACUCGAGCAAAUAAAAUUAGACGCGGAAGAGUACCUGCAAAAGCAGAGAAAACACUUCGGCGUGAAAGUUACGUAUCACGGAUCAGAGAAAAAGCGUUAUCAGCUGGAGAUUCCGGAAUCAGCAGUAAAGAAAAUCGGUUCCGGUUACGAGCUCCAAUCGCAAAGGAAAGGAUUCAAGCGCUAUUACACCGCCGAAACUAAAGAACUGUUGAGGAGACAAAUGAAAGCAGAAGAACAUAAGAACAAUAUAUUGAAGGAUCUGAACAGAAGAGUCUUCGCGCAAUUCAGCGAGAAGCACGACAUGUGGAGCGUGGCUGUACAAAAAAUAUCUAUCUUAGAUGUUCUGAUCUCCCUCUCGUUAUAUGCUUGCAGCGACGACAUGUGCAUACCAGAAAUCAACGACGGCUCCGAGAAGAUAUUCACUGACAUCAGAGAUGGACGGCAUCCGUGUAUCCCCGUUGAUAAUUUCAUACCGAACGAUACUUUGCUGGGAGCAGAAGAUUCUCCCUAUUUCAUGAUCUUAACUGGACCGAACAUGGGCGGUAAAACAACGUUGAUGCGUCAAGUGGCAAUUAUUACUAUAAUAGCACAAAUUGGAAGCUUCGUUCCUGCUAGUUCCUGUCGUUUAACAUUGGUAGAUCGUAUUUUCACGAGGUUGGGAGCGUGCGACAAUAUUAUAGCUGGCCAGAGUACUUUCUUGGUGGAACUAAAAGAAACUGCUGCGAUACUGCAACACGCUACGCCGUAUUCACUUGUCCUAUUGGACGAAUUGGGACGCGGCACAGCGACAUUCGACGGUACGGCGAUAGCCGCUUCCGUUGUGGACUCGCUUUCAAAGUUGAACUGUCGAACUCUGUUCUCCACGCAUUAUCAUUCUUUAGUGAAAGAUUACAAAGAUAAUAAAAAGAUCAGAUUGGCCCACAUGGCGUGUAUGGUAGAAAACGAAGAAGUGAUGUUGCCUCAGAAGGAUGAUGAUGAUGAAAAUGAUAUGUCUCAGGAGACUGUGACAUUCUUGUAUAAGCUCACCGAUGGGGCUUGUCCGAAAUCGUAUGGUUUCAAUGCUGCCCGAUUAGCUAAGGUGCCAACAGAAGUUAUAAUUAGAGCGUACGAGAUCUCGAAGGCGUUCGAACGACAAGUACAGGAAAAACACUUGUUCCGCUCUCUGUGUACAGCAAUGAACGGAGCAGCCAUAAGGGAGAUACUCAACACGAUGUAAAAAUACAUGUGAAUAAGUUCAUACGUGCAUAAAUGAACUUCAAAUCUAAUUACAGUUACAGUAUUAUUUAUGUGUUCCAUUACAUACCUUUUCAUGUUACCUGAAGUUAUAUAUUUCGAUACUGAAUUCAGUAUAUUUUUUGAUAAUAAACACUUAAGUACCAACGUUA